ACUGUAAUCAAUAUGACAAUGUGCAAUACGCACAUGUCGUGUGAACCGGUAUAAGUUCUGUGACUCUAAAUUCGAGUCGGAAAACCAAUCAAGGGAAAACCAAAAGAAGAACCGGUAUAAGUUAUAAGCGUGAACGAAAGAGGCGUGAACAUUUGAACAAUAUCACAAUAAGUAUACCAGUGCUUAGCGAAGAAGAUCCAGCGUUGCAAUUUCUCACUUUGAAAAACCAUGAGAAAACGCGAAUUAAACACAAAGCUAUUUAAACGUGCUGAAAAUAAUUUGCUAUCUAAAUUGAAUAAUGCGUUUUUAAAGAAUUAUCCACAUCAUGUAAUGCCGGGUUACAACUUGAAUAGAUCACCAUGUAUUGAGACAUGGGAUGAAGGGAAUGCUCAGGGGCUUUACCAAGAAUUUCCAUAUAAUUGUGAUUUGCCAAAACCAUUAUUGCCACCGGCAAAAUUGUCAAGAACAGUGCUUAGCAAAGAAGAUCCAGCGUUGCAACUUCUCACUUUGAAAAACCACCUAAAAGAUGAAACAGAUAGGCUAAUGAAUCACUAUGAAAGACAUAAAAAAGAAUUUGAACUACCCAAGAAAAAGAUAAAGUGGAAGAAAUGUAAGGCAAAUGUACCUAAAUAUAUCGCAGACAUAGCCGAAUUGCUUGACAUGGAUCCGGAUCCUUAUUUUGAAGGAACUUACAACUGGUACUAUACAGGUGGAUGUUUAAACUAUGUUCAGCUAAAUGGUUGGGAUGUCCUAUUAUUUCCAUUUAUGGGAGACUUAGUUGCUGCACAUAUUAUACCUAUGGAAGAUUUUAUAUGGAAGCCUUUGCUACAAAAUUCAGCUAAAUAUAAAUUACAUGGAUCGUUGUAUGAAAUUAGACAAUGCAAGCUUACUGAUACAUGUAGAAUUUUAGGAAGGCGUAAAGACCAAUGUACUCUCUAUACACUGUCCAAUUCUGAGAAUCAUUUGCUGCUUAAUGAAGUUCACAAGCAAGCGUCAAAAGUGCCAUAUGUCAGUGCUGAUUUGAGUUUGACUAAUAUUAAUUAUCAUUGUACGUUAAAUGCAAAAAAAAAAUUGUCCUUAUGGGAUAUAAAUAGACCGAAUUAUAUUAGUAGUGGUUCUGUAUUACAAAAAAAUACAACACAUGAUGCUUGGGGGUGUAUAAGAUUCCAAGAGACUGAUCCAAACGUUUUGAUUUACGUAGACAGAUGUUGCUUGCAUUAUCUUGAUACUAGGACUGCUCUUGAUCAAGCAUGUCUCACGUUGUGUCCGAAAUCUAAUUUAGAAAACUGCGAGAGUUUGUCGAUAGAAGUACCGAGUAAAUACAAUUGUUAUCGUUAUUUAGGCACUUAUCAUUCCUUUUUGAUGUGCGAUAAUCGUUCUCCAAAGCAGUGCGUACGACAAAAAUGGACGCACCAGUUCAAGGAUACUCCGCUAUUGGCAGCUGUAACUAACAAUGAUGACAAGGAAAUCAUUAUUCUGUCAACUCAAAAAGCUGGCGAGAAUACAAUAAUUUUGAACACAUGGAUGGAUGAGGAGAAGUCUCAUUCAUUUAGUUUACCUUUCACACCUCCACACAUUGCAGAAACGUUAAAUGAAUCUCAAAUACAAGGAAUGUGCUUAAAUCCGUAUUUACAAAGCAGAUUUGAAUUAUGUAAUGUUGGUAGCGCAUUAGUCACAAAUGUAAAAAAAGGAGGAGUGUCCUUCUUCGUACAAAAUUCUAUUGGUGAUAUAUUUUAUCAAUGCAUAACACACGAAGACAUAUUGGAUAAAUAUUCUCCCAUAAACAAUAAAGCAUGUUAUGCAUUGGAUAUGUGGGAAAAAGCUUUAUCAGCCCAAAAUGAACCACUAGUACCUUUAUCUCUUACUGACAAGUGCAGUAUGCAAUAUAUAUAUAAAAAUUUUAAGAAUCACAAACUCAGUCAUCGUUUACAAUCCAAUAAUGAAAAUGCAGACAAUAGUUCUGAGCCAACCUGGAAACAAUCGUUAGCAGGGUUGGGAUCAUAUGUGGAUCUAUUAGCACCAGGACUUCUUGCUGUUUGGGACGUAUGCGAAACAGUACCUGCACCAGGAACGGAAUCAAAUCAAAAAGUUUUGAACUGGUUGGGAUCCUCAACUUCGAAUCAUCUUGCCACGCAAUCACAAGAUGUAUCUUACCACAUUCCUACUCCUGUCAAUACUCCAGAAUUAAUUGAUUUGUCGCAAGAGCACGAUCUUAUGGACAUUGACGAUAGCAGUAUACUGCAAGAAAUGUUCUUGCCAAAAGUUAUAUCACAAACUAGCAAGAUAAAGCAUGUUUAAAUAAUUUACAUAAAUAAAAAUUAAU